GAGGAGACCUACGUGGAGCUGUGAGUGAGUCCGAGAUCUGAGCACUCUGCAUAAUGAGCGACUGUGGGAGAAGCAAUUGUCCGUGGGGUCAGAGGUCACGGUGACAUCAUCAUCAUCAUCAUCAUGGUGGUGGUCAGCAGCUCAGUGUCGUCCAUUAAAGCUCUGUGGGAGACGCGCAUCCUCAAGAUCAGCAAAGACAGAGAGGAGGAGCAGAGGAGGAGGACCCCCAAAGACCGGCCCACAAACAGAGUGGGCGUGGGCGUGUGGGAGGAGCGUGCGCUCCUGGCUCGCCUCAAACAGAAGCUGCAGACAGAAGACGGGCGUCUGGUGCUGCGUUUGGAGCAGGAGGAGUGGAGGAGCCUCCCCUCGUGUCUGGUGAAGCUGGUCCAGGUGCAGGAGUGGCACAUGCACCGCACAGGUCUGCAGGCCCUGCCUACCUUCAUCCACAACUUCCAGAACCUCCUCGUCAUCGACCUGUCCCGCAACGCUAUCGCACACAUACCCAAGGAGAUCGGUGAGCUGAGUCGCCUGAGAGAGCUCCUCCUCAGCUAUAACAGACUGAGCAGUGUCCCAGAGGAGCUGGGCCAGUGUGAGAGUCUGGAGAGACUGGAGUUGGCCAUGAACCGGGACCUCAGAGCUCUGCCCCUCCAGCUGAAGAGCCUGCAGCGGCUGCAGCACCUGGACCUGUCCAUGAACGACUUCAGUGAGUUCCCUGAGUGUCUGCUGGAGCUGCCAGCACUCGAGUGGCUCGACAUAGGGGGCAACAGACUCACACAACUGCCCCACGACAUCUACAGGAUGGAGAAGCUGCACACUCUGUGGCUUCAGAGAAAUGAACUGGAGAAACUCCCCGACAGCAUCAGCCUCAUGGUCAGCCUGGACACACUGGUCCUGAGCAGCAACAAGCUCCGAGACAUACCCCCUCUGAUGGAAGACAUGAGCCGCCUCAGAUUUGUGAAUUUCCGGGACAACCCCCUGACUCUGGACGUGACUUUGCCUCCCAGAAAACCAAAGGAGCCUGAAGAAGAGGAGGAGGAAGAGGAGGACGACAGGGAGAUGUACGGCAAAGAAUUCAUGCAACUGUACAUCCACGAGGCCAGGAAACGAGCCUACGCCGCCCUCAAUGUGCACUGUGCAUACCAACACAGAUAAGCUGCCUUUGAAGAGGGAAGCCACCUCAAGAGCCUGGUGAUGACCCUGACCAGUAGAGCUCAGCUGUUGUGGAGCACAGUACUGUGAAUGCCACUGAGCCCUGUAUUUAUAGAAGCACAUGCUAUUGUUACUAAGGAGCCUGUUCAAUGUAAAUGUACCAUGUUUUGUAGCAUUUUUUUUUCAGUAAUACUGAUUUUCCAAGAUUAAAAUGUGCUUGUUGUA